UUGGAGUCAUCCGAGAAAGGCCCAAAUGAGCUCAACGUGAUAUUUAAAGACCCAACCUCACGGAGCUUGGUGAAUGCCACAGCUAUUCAGACAAAGCUCGUGGCGGGGGACAAAUUGUUCUCUGCAUUGCGCGUUUUCGACCUAGAUAAGCCAUCUCCCCUGCCAGGCUUUUCUUACACCCUCUCCAUGAUUCCACGGGUUUAUACUACCGGUUUCAAUGCUUUUUGGGAUGAAAAGGAUCCCCAGGACAGACAGAUCUCUUGUGUGGCAGUAAAUGGCCAGGUUGUUGCUUUCAAUCCCGUGUCUGAACACGACACUGAGCUAGAAGUGCUCAAACAAAAUUUGGCCAUCGAACACAACAUACCUGCAAGCAACGCGAUUGAUACAAUCAUGGAAAGACUAGACAGACCCUUCCUGGAUAAGAUCACGGGUAAGGGCUUUCUAUCAGUUUACAAGCCGUUCUUCGAUUUUGACGAAAACAGGGAGAAAUUGAUUGAUUGUGAUAUCGAAGAACUAUCUAGAUCAAGUGGGUCAGGUAUUCUUUUGUGA